AUGGCAAUCCAAAAGGUUCACGCUCGUCAAAUCUUCGAUUCUCGUGGAAACCCAACCAUUGAAGUCGACGUCACUACUGACAAGGGCAAGUUCACUGCUGCUGUCCCGUCAGGUGCAUCUACUGGCAUUCACGAAGCUUUGGAGUUACGUGACAAUGACAAGACCGCUUAUGUUGGAAAGGGUGUUUUGAAGGCCGUCAGCAACGUCAACAACAUCAUUGCUCCUGCCUUGAUCAAGUCAAAUAUUGACGUGACCGCUCAAGAAGCUAUUGAUGAAUUCUUGAUUGCUUUGGACGGUACAAAGGCCAAGUCAAAACUUGGUGCUAAUGCCAUUCUCGGUGUCUCUUUGGCCGUCGCUCGUGCUGGUGCUGCCCAAAAGGGAGUCCCAUUGUACGUUCACUUGGCACAAUUAUCUGGUGAAUCUACUCCAUACGUACUCCCAGUACCUGCCUUCAAUGUCAUCAACGGUGGUUCUCAUGCCGGAAACAAGCUUGCCAUGCAAGAAUUUAUGAUUCUUCCUACUGGAGCUAGCUCUUUUACUGAAGCCAUGAAGAUUGGUACCGAAGUCUACCAUACAUUGAAGAAUGUCAUCAAGAAGAAAUAUGGUCAAGAUGCUACCAAUGUCGGUGAUGAAGGAGGAUUUGCACCAAACAUUCAAGACAACAGAGAAGGUUUGGACUUGUUGGUGGCAGCUAUUGCUCAAGCAGGCUACACUGACAAGGUCAAGAUUGGAAUGGAUGUCGCUGCAUCUGAAUUCUUCAAGGACGGUAAAUACGACUUGGACUUUAAGAACUCUGCUUCAGAUCCUUCCAAGUUCCUGUCUGGAGUUGAGCUCGGUGAUUUGUACCGGUCAUUCAUCAAAGACUACCCAAUCGUCUCGAUUGAGGAUCCAUUCGACCAAGAUGACUUUGAAUCAUAUGCCAGUCUUCACAAAUCUGAAACAAUUCAAAUCGUUGGUGAUGACUUGACUGUCACCAACCCUGAACGUAUUCAAAUGGCUAUUGAACACAAGGCCUGCAACGGCCUAUUACUCAAAGUCAACCAAAUUGGUACAGUCACUGAAUCUAUUCGAGCUGCCAAACUUGCCAACUCUGAUGGUUGGGGAGUCAUGGUAUCUCACCGAUCAGGUGAAACUGAAGAUACCUUCAUUGCUGACUUGGUUGUCGGUCUUGGAAGUGGUCAAAUCAAGACUGGUGCCCCAUGCAGGUCUGAACGCCUUGCCAAGUACAACCGUCUAUUGGUGAUUGAAGAGGAAUUAGGUGCCAACUGCAUCUAUGCAGGCGUGAACUUUAGAAAGCCAAAGGCAUAA